UCAAAAUGGAGGUUCACUGUUGCUAGAUAACUGUAAACAUUAGUUUUUAAACGCGUAAUUCUACCAAAGAUGUAAGAUUUUUCGGGAAAGAAAACUUUCCUUUUCUAUUUGUCAUGAGUUCGCCGUUUGAAAGUUUAAAAAAGACCAAGAAAGUGCCUUUAAACGGAGCUAGAAAUCUAGCAAGCCAUGAAAGGUCUGGCAAUGUCCCUUACCGAAAAACUGGCAACGAUCCAGCUGAUAUACUUAAUCAUAAGCUUCAAGAACUUAGGCCUGAGAAAAAUGGUAAUGGCAGAAAAAAUAUGAAACAUUCCCAAGCACCAUCAGAUAUGGAGUUAUUGAGUAGCAUGGCAACUAGGUUGUCACAGAGUGAACAGCAGCUUCGAGUUUCUACAAGAGAAGUUAUUGAGAAGGAUAAAAAAAUCAAAAUUUUAGAAGAGAAAGUAAAAUUGCUAGAAAAGGCUCGAGGGUAUGGUGCUGAAAAUGUUAAAGAUCUUGAAAGCAAAUGCAGAACUCUUCAGCAACAGGUUCAUGAUAUGGAAGAGUUUCUGGCUGACUAUGGCAUGAUAUGGGUUGGCUCAGAAACCAGCAUAGAUCAAAAUGCUGAAAACAAUGAUUGGGCGAAGGAGUUAAAAAGUCCAGAGGCACUUGCCACAAGUUCACACCCAUUCUGGAAUCCAGGUGCCUCACUUCCAUCUGAGACAUUUGAAAUUAAUUUUAACCUUGUUGUUAAGAAUAUUGAGGAGUUGAAUUCGCUCAGUGGAGCAGAUAGGACUGUCAUUGCUCGGACAAAAGGAGGUGCAACACUCAAGGCACCUGAUGCAGUACCAUUAACAUUAUAUGCUAAUGGUAUAUUAAUGUUUUCUGGACCGUUCAGACCUUACACUGAUGGCACAACACAGCGCUGUAUACAAGACCUCAUGGAUGGCUACUUUCCAUCUGAACUGCAGGAAAGGUAUCCAGAUGGUAUUGCCAUAAAGCUAAAAGAUAGAAGGGAAGAGGUUUUUAAAGACAAAAGAACUGAACUGCUGUUUCCUGGUUCUGGUCAGUCUUUAGAGAAUAGUGGAGAUAUUGUAGGUCACAAGGACAGCAAUGUGAAAAUACAUUCACUGGAAAGCAUAAAUGAGAGAGAAACAAAUGUUCCGGUGGAGAAGUUUCUUGACCGUCUUCCUCCAUCUGUUAUAAGAAAUGGCAAAAUAAUUGACAUUCGUUCAGGAAUUGAAAAUACUCUCAAGGGAUCCUCUGAUGGUUCCAAAGAGGGUCUUGUCAGUGUUAUUGACACACCAGUUAUCCAGGAAAUCAAAUCUAGGACACAGAGUGGUGGACAGCGACCACAGUCUGUGAGUUAUGAUGUCACAACAUUGCGAAUAAAAUCUGAAAAGGGUGAUCAGACUUAUAUUUUGAAAUUAAAGUUCACUGACACUGUUGCCAGUAUCAGAAAGUAUAUCAAUAAAGUGAGACCUGAGCUGCAAGAUGAAUACCGCAUCAAGACAUCAUUCCCAAAUAUGGUAUAUGAUGAUGUCACACAGACACUAGAAGAAGCAGGCCUGGUACCCAAUGCAACUUUACAUCUUCUCGUUAGAACAUGAUGUUCCUCUUCCUGAAGU